AACAAAUCAAACAGAUAAAAAUAAUAAAAAAAUAAAAAAUCAUAGUAAAUUUAUUCAUAAAACUUGUCAAAGGUUCACCAUUGUUUGCUCUCUCUUUCUGCCCAAGUCCUCCAUCAAAACACCUCCCCGCCCCAAAAAAAAGAAAAAAAAAAAGAAAAAGGAAAAUGAAAAAAGCUCAGCUUGUUUUCGUACCCUCACCGGGUAUAGGCCAUCUAGCAACCACAGUAGAGUUUGCAAAGCUUCUUGUUUCUCAACACGAUGGACUUUUCAUCACGAUGUUCAUCAUGAAUCUACCUUAUGAUUCUAAAGCCGGAGCUUACAUCGAUUCCCUCAUCGCUUCCUCCUCCAUUGAUCCUCGUAUCAGCUUCUUCAACCUCCCUCAAGUUGAUAUGGACACCGGUAUCAAACCUAUGUUAUUCUUGGUUUCCUUCAUUGAGAAACAGAAACUCCAUGUUCGAGAAGCUGUUCAUAGACUCAUCGCUCAGUCCGACUCGCCUCGACUCGCUGGGUUCGUCGUCGACAUGUUCUGCACGACGAUGAUAGACGUAGCCAAUGAAUUCGGGGUUCCUACUUAUGCGUUCUUCACUUCCAAUGCUGGGUUUCUUGGCCUCAUGCUUCAUUUCCAACAGCUUCGUGAUGAGAAGGUCGUCGACACUGCUGAGUUGAAGAACGAUUUAGAAACUGAGUUGGUCGUUCCGAGUUUUGUCAAUCGGGUACCCGUUAAGGUCCUGCCCGAUGUGAUUCUGGACGAGAAUCGGGUUGACUACGUAUUUAACUUUUUCCGAAGGAUUAGGGAAACCAAGGGUAUUUUGGUGAAUACAUUUGUGGAUCUGGAAUCGCAUGCGGUGCACUCUUUUUCUGAUGGUGAAACUCCUACAGUGCACCCCGUGGGACCCAUUCUGAACCUGAAGGUUGAUGAUCAGAAUGAGAUCGUCAAGUGGCUUGAUGAUCAGCCCGAAUCAUCUGUGGUGUUCCUGUGCUUCGGAAGCAUGGGAUAUUUUAGCGAGAGACAAGUGAGAGAGAUUGCUUCAGCAAUUGAGCAAAGUGGGUUUAGAUUCAUUUGGGCCCUACGUAAACCUCCACCAAAGGGCAAGAUCAAUUUCCCGAGUGAAUAUGAAGAUUUCAGAGAGGUUUUGCCUGAUGAGUUCUUCGAUCGAACGGCUGAGAUUGGGAAGGUGAUAGGUUGGGCUCCACAAGUGACAAUCCUAUCCCAUAAAGCCAUAGGUGGGUUUGUUUCUCAUUGUGGGUGGAAUUCUAUACUGGAGAGUCUAUGGUAUGGUGUGCCAAUUGCCACGUGGCCAUUUCAAGCUGAGCAACAAUUGAAUGCGUUCGAGAUGGUGAAGGAGUUGGGAUUAGCGGUGGAGAUUACGCUAGACUAUAAAAGAGAUUUGAGUGGUGAGGAUAAUAAAAUUGUUUUGAGUGCAAAAGAGAUUGAAGAAGGGUUAAGAAAGGUGAUGGAGCAUGACAGCGAUAUAAGGAAGAAAGUAAAGAUCAUCAGUGAGAAAAGUAGAAAAGCCUUGAGCAGUGGUGGGUCCUCACACUCUUCAUUGCACCGUUUGAUCAAUGACGUGAUGGACUUGUAGUUAAUGAUAAAUUGAUAAUGUACUUCAAAUUUUAUUUUA